AUGAUGCAGAUGAUGCUCUCCUGUUCAUUCACACACACAAACGCACACACUGACAGUGGAGGAGCUCCAGAUUUCAGACCCUCUCUCUUUAAGACCCGGGGACAGCUGACAGCUCGUCUUUCCUCUCUCAAACUCCAUCAGCGUUCUUUGAGUCAGGUCAACAUGAACUUCUUUCAUCAGCAGCUUUCACACAUGAGACCCUUGACUUUCUCUGAGAGAGAGCGUCAGCGCUACAAAGCAGAGAAGAUGCUCCUGAGGCAGUUUGUUCUCCUGAAGCGGGAACAUCGAGUCCCUGAGUGUCUGUCUACUGAAGACAUGAAGAGGUGGCUUCUGGGAGGACGUAGCUUCAACACAGAGUUCCAGGGAACAGCCGGAAUGAACGCAGAAGAGCUGCACUUGGGUGAACUGGCCUGGAUCUCAGUGAGGCGGUUCUGUGUUGCUCAGAUGGAUCGAGAGAUCAGGGAGGAGCUGGAGAAAGAAAAACGUCUGUCACAGCUGGUCAGGAGGAAGGUCACACUAGAGGGCCUUGAAAUGCUUCUGCCCAUCAUCCGCUCCAGAGCAGAGCAGGACGUUCGAGCCCUCCUCCUCCAGCUAUCCAACAAGCUGCUCGCCUCCUUCUUGGACCCCAACACUGGGACGCGUUUUAAACGGGCUCUGAUCACAAAGCUCCAAAGGACGACCCAACCUUUAGUUCCUCAGGUGGUGAAGACCGCUCUGGAUGUCCUCCUGGGUGAACCAGGACCCCAUAUGGAGGUCAUGACCCCCCAGAGUCAGGGCAACACGGUGACCACGGACUCAGAUCUGAGAACCCUCAUUGAAACUUCCAGCGUUCUGAUUGGCCAACAGCUGGCGGAUGCAGCAGCCUCCUGUUUCUGUCUGCGGACCGUUUUUUUCAAAGACCGUCUGCAGCAAUUCUGCACGUCGGAGAGCAGGAGGAUCGUCACAGCCAUCUAUGAAAGAUUCCUGGUGCGCUCCAUAUGCUUCCGCCUCCUGGACUUCGAUGAGAGUGUCUUCACUGCGAGAAAGAGAGUCCUCAUUGUGGCCCAGUAUAUGAUGGAGGACAGACUGCAGGGGGCGACACAGAGCAGGGAACCAUUUCAGCGUGUCACAGAGAGAGAGCAGCAGACUCCAGAGGAGCAUCAUGUGGCUGCAGGAAACACAGAUGAAGAGCAGGAGCAGCAGACGGGAGGACUGAGCGCCUUCUUCAGUCAAAUCUGGAAGAGGAUGAACCCUAAAGACUCGGAGCAGUGAAUCACACCAGCUGCUGUCUCUGCAGCACAUCCUGCACAAACACAAACACAUUAUAUAAGUUAUUAAAUACUUAAAGUAGA